AUGGCCCAGCGAAAAGGUCACCAAUUGGGGUCAGAUCCCAACUUCGGUUAUCACGGCUACUCUAGCCCUAUCGGCACCUGGACAGAGGAAUGA